ACCACUCCCGCCAUCGGCGUCUCUUACCGCAUCUCGGAGGAAGGACACGUUGACCUCCUCGCCCUCGCCACCCCUCAUGCCGUGUUCUCCAUCGCUCUCCGGCAGGAUCUCCCCCGCGCUACGCAAAUUGCUCUUGCGCGCCUGCUGGACGACCGCACGCGUCCACUGGCGGGAUUCAGCAUGGGGCGGGUUGCCCUGCACCUCCACCGCCGCCUUGGGGCACACGUCGUUGGUGUCGACCUCGGGGUGCUGUUGGGAAGAGGGGACAAACCGGCGAGCGCGGCGGAGUGCACGAGGGAUGCGGUGUCGCGGGGGGUGCCCAUGGGCGAGGUGCACCAGCUGUGGUGCGAAGCCGGCGAGCGGAGCGUGUGCCUGCGGGCGUGGCUGUCGGCUAUGAUCGCGCACACGUCCUGUGAACUUAUCCGAGACGCGCUUAAAGUCGACACGCGAAACCUUCCCGCCGCGGCCCUUACGUGUCUCGCCGUGCAGUACGCGAGCGUCGAACGUGUCGAGGCCUUGCGGCCCACUCAGACGGAGGGCGAGGUCGAAGAAGCGCAGUUUGACGAAGAGGGACGCCUCGUGGUCCGCAACAAACGCUUCAAGACGCGCGUCCGGGCAAGCGAGCAGGUGGUAGUGGAGACAGAGACGCAGACUUUCACUGGGCGCGCGGUAACGUCGUCCGGGCGCGCCACGGGCUUGUUCCUGAAGGGAGGGCCGAAGGUGCUCGAUGGCUCCAUCGUGAGCGUGCGGGUUGUGGGCCGGGAGGAGGCGACGAACGCGGAACGGGCGAGAGAUGGCUUUAUCUUUCGAGCGCUGCGGGGGGAGACGAGGCCGCUUGCGUCCGCUCACUUCGUGAACGCGUUGUGGUUCACCGAGGGACAAGCGAAAGUGCAGAAGAGACAGCGAGACGGAGCGAGCGUCUUUCACCCGCGGUUGAACGGGUCACAGAAAGAGGUCGUGGAGGCGAUGUUAGACCCGGAAGAAAUGCUGGUGGUUGCUCACGGACCUCCGGGGACGGGGAAAACGUCAACAAUCGCGGUCGCGCUCGGGGUCUGGAGCUCUGCGCGCAAGCCGGUAUGGGUCGUUGCGCAAUCGAACGUUGGAGCGAAGAAUAUAGCGCGGACGCUCAUCAAACCGGAAUACGCGAUUAACUUCAAGCUUAUUGUCUCGAAGGAUUUUCAUUUCGAAUGGCAUGAGCAUCUGUACGGGGGAGUCGAAGAUCACUUGAUAGUAUCCGACGAUCUCACCAAGCUGGCGGACACUGUGCGCAUGCUGGAUGACUCCCAAGUCGUUGUGUGCACGCUGUCGAUGCUCUCGAACCCGGCGUUGGACGGGUGUGGGUUGACGGACCUGGUGCCUGUUGAGCGGCUUGUGAUCGACGAGGCUUCCCAGAUCGACUCUUUCGAAUUGAUGCAUCUCUUCUACAAGUUCAACAACUUGCAAAAGGUGUGCAUGUUUGGGGACCCAAAGCAGCUCCCCCCUUAUGGAAAGGAAAACACCACGGACAUGAAAACCAUCUUUGACUUCAAACAUCUGAAGCCUGCGGCCUACUUCCUCAACACGCAGUAUCGCAUGCCGGUACUUUUGGGCGAAUUCAUCUCCAAAGAAGUGUACAACUCAAAACUACGGUCGGAGCACAGCAACCAAGACAGUUUAUGUAUUCGAUUCGUGGACGUGCGGAAGGGCGAGGAGGGGUACAUGGGUGGGAGUUGGCAGAACUUAGAGGAAGCUCGUGCUAUUGUCAACCUGGUGAAGAACUAUUACAGACCCCGGGACUUUUGCAUCAUCACCCCGUACGACGCGCAACGCAAUUUGAUUGAGAACCAGCUGAAGGCUGCGAGCCUACCGUGGGACUAUGUGUACAAUGUUGACAGCUUCCAA